AUGGCAAUCACCUACCACGCACCUCGCCAGGUGGCGUCUGGUCGUCGCUCAAGGGCAGACAAGAUCCACACGGACGUCAUCAUGGACGACGGCACCAGCAUCCGCACCACGGUCACGAACUCGGGCUACCUCGUCGAGUGCUUUCUCAAAGAGGUGCAGCAGCGGUUCCACGAGGAGGUCCAAGCAGCUGAGCCACAGGAUGCCGACGUCCAACAUUGCCUCAUCGUCGGCCUCGACACGGAAUGGCGCCAGAUCUCCCACAAGGGCAGGCGGGCCAAGUCAUUCCAAAUCGCCCUCCUCCAGCUCUGCGUCGGCGACCGCUGCCUGGUCUUCCAGAUUUUCAACGCCGACUACGUCCCUCACCAGCUCGCGGAGUUCCUCGCCAAUCCGGACCACUGCUUCGUCGCCGUCGGGGUCGGCGGCGACGAGCAGCGGCUGCGCGAGGACUGCGGGAUUGAGGUGGCGUACACGAUGGACCUGCCUGAGGUCGCGGCGGAUGUGCUCCACCGCCCGAAGCUCCGGCAGUCGGGGCUCAAGACCCUGGCGCGGGAGGUGAUGGGGGCGCUCAUCGACAAGCCCAAGCGGGUGACCCUGAGCGACUGGUCCUCGGAGCACCUGACGUGGGAGCAGGUCCGCUACGCUUGCAUCGACGCCUUCGUGUCCUUCGACGUUGGCCGCCGGCUGCUCUGCAAUCACGGUGUUUGA